AAAGCAAGUCUUUUUAGUUUUUCUGCUCGCUUCUUCAACUAUGGCUAAUUCAGAAACAUUUCGUGUCCUGGAAGAAGGAUUUAAGAUCCCAACUAUUGGACUUGGAACUAGUUACCACGAAAAGGAAGAAGUAGUUCAAAAAGCUAUCGAUGCUGCUUUAGAGGUGGGCUAUCGCCAUUUCGAUACAGCAUUUUUUUACAAUACCGAAAAGAGUGUUGGUAAGGUUCUUAAUAAAUGGUUAUCUUCAGGAAGAAUAAAAAGGGAAGAAAUAUUUGUUACAACCAAGUUACCAUUUCAGGGGGCGCACGCCGAUGCAGUCGAAACGUUUUUGAAAAAGUCUUUAGAAAAUCUUCAACUUGAUUAUGUGGACUUGUAUCUUAUUCAUUUUCCUGUAGCAUUUAAAUAUGAAGGCAUUGAUAAAUUUACUCCUGAAGCUGUUGAAACCGAUCAUAUAUCAUUAUGGAAAAAAAUGGAAGAACAAGUUGAAGUAGGUCGAACAAAAUUCAUAGGAAUUUCUAACUUCAAUAAUUCUCAAAUAAAAAAGAUCAUGAAAAUUGCCACAAUAAAACCAGUGUGUUCACAAGUGGAAAUGCACGUAUACUUUCAAAAUCAGGAUCAUGUUAGUUUUUGUAAAGACAAUAAUAUUGUUGUAAUAGCCUAUGCUCCCUUGGGGACUCCAAACUUAGGGCAGUUUUUAGAUGAAAACUUAAAGAAAGCUAUUAAACAACCACAUCUUCUGAAUGAUACAAUAGUAAGAAAAAUCGCAGAAAAACAUAAUAAAACACCUGCUCAAAUCCUUCUUAGGUUUUUAAUCCAAAAAGAUGUGUGCGUUAUACCGAAAAGUUCGAAUCCAAAUAGAAUAAAAGAAAACUUUCAAGUAUUUGAUUUUAAACUCGAUAGUCGGGAUAUGAACAUGCUCGAGCAACUCGAUAAAGGAGAAGAAGGAAGAAUUGUGGAUUUGGCCAUUUUCUUUCCUCAAAUAAAAGAAAAUGCUGAAUAUCCAUUUUAACGUGUUUUAAGUAAUUUUGAAAUAACCAUUCACUUGAUUGUCUAAUAUUUUAUUGAUAAUUUUUUUGUAGCAAAUUUUAAUUAUAAAUAAACUUUUUUAUAUACUA